UUUGAUCGCUAUACAACCAGGACCAUAGGGACCUCAGUUCACACAGCUGGAAUGCAUUCCAGUAACAAAGUGGUGGAAACCAUCUUCAGUUGGAGGGACUCUUCCAGAUUUGGAGCCUUGUUGGAAGAGAUGAUGAUGGGCCUGGGUCCCCUGUUGUUGGUCUUCAUGCUGGGGCCCUGUCUGACCCCACCGGCCCUGGCUCAGGAUGAGAGGUACAGACACUUCCUGGACCAGCACUAUGAUCCCAAGCCACGUGGCCGGAAUGACAGAUACUGUAAUACCAUGAUGAGGAGGCGAGGCUUGACUUCACCCUGCAAAGACACCAACACCUUUAUUCAUGGCACCAGUAACAACAUCAAGGCUGUCUGUGAAGACAAGAAUGAAAAGUCUGAUGGGCAAUUCAGAAUAAGCAAGUCUCCUUUCCAGGUCACUACUUGCAAGCACAGAGGAGCGUCCCCCAAGCCUCCCUGCCGAUACAGAGCCACACCAGGGUUCAGAGACAUAGUUAUUGCCUGUGAACAUGGCUUGCCUGUCCACUUUGAUGAGUCCUUCUACCAUUCAUAACCAGCAGGCGUCUCUGCUCUCUAUUCCUGGCAUUUCCCCACACAACCUAGAACAGAGGUGGCCACAUUCAUUGCCAGGGGCCCAGAAAAUGAGCUGCCUGGAUCUUUGUUUUCUGUUUAACAAUAUGAUAAUAAAUAAAAAUGUCUCUGAAAUCAGUAAGAA